AUGGAAAAGGUCAGCAUAACUAGUGUUAUGCCUAUAAAUAAAAUGCAAAUGGUCCUAUAUUGGAGUGGAUUGGGGAUGGCCUGGUCUGAAAUUUGUGGCGAUUGUCUAGGAAACAUAGCAGAUAAACUCACAACAAUCUCUGAUUAUCGGUCUCUCCGAUUGGUUUGUCAAGAUUGGGCAUCGACUUUGCCCAAGCUUCCAACCCACCGUGUAGCUAUCCCUCCUCUGCUCAUGCUGCUUGAACAACAACUGCAGGAGCCUGCAGGUUCACAAGAUAAAAGAUGCUGUCAUUUUAUUAGCAUUAUUUCUGAUGACAGCAAAUACUAUCUGAACCUUCCUGAAGUUUUUCCUCCUCACCGAAUUGUUGGCUCAUCUCAUGGCUGCCUUAUCAUAGUUGGGUUAACCGGUGAAAUCUUUUGCCUAAACCCAAUUUCCAAGGACAGGAUUAAUUUGCCUCGGCUCUCUGAUUUCCCUGAUGUUGAAUUGUUCGAUAAUCCUGAGGCCUAUUACAGGAUAAGCAACCAAUACGGAUACCCACAAAACUUGAGUCUAACUCAGAUGAGAGACUGGUAUGUUAAGAAGAUAAUAUUGUCCUGUUAUCCUGCAGAUGGAGCUGAUUACAUCGCCCUUGCAAUCAUUCAAUCUGGCAGUCAAUUAGCUUAUUGCAAAAGGGGCGAUACACGUUGGAAUUUUGUUCCUUUGAAUUUUAUCCCUGAUGCACACAGAUCCACUGAGGAUGCUGUAUAUUACAAUGGUAUACUUUCAGCGUUAUCUUAUGGACUUUAUGGAGAUGAACUCACAAUUUGUGACCUUCGUAGUUCUGAGCCAACAACUAAGGUGAUCGAUGCUCAAAUUCCUCGUGCAAAGCCUGAUAAUAGGCUGCGCGAUUAUCUUGUCAGCUCUGAGGAUGACGAUGGGCUUUUACUUGUAUCGCGGUAUAUCAACAAAGACGUUGAAAAUAUUGUUGUUUAUAAGUUUGAUACAAUCAGUAGUUCAUGGGUGUCACAAGAAACAUUACAUGGUAAGCUGCUGUUUCUGGGGUUGAAUUCAUCCUUGUCAUUUCAGGCUUCUGAUUUUCGCAGCAGCAAAGAGAGUAUAUACUUUUCAGAUUAUGUUGCAAAGGAAACUGAGUACAUUGAUCCUACUCCUAUAUGCAAAAAACAACAAUGCAUAUUGUUAGAUUUCGGGAAAACUCCUCAAUCUGGAGUGUGUACCAUUGAUCAAAUAAAUAGAGUUUACAACGCAGUCGAUGUGAAACAGUAG